AUGUUGUCCAUUUUAAGUGCAUUAACUCUGCUGGGCCUGUCUUGUGCUUCAGAUCUGACCCCACCUAUAGAGGUCACAGGAAACAAGUUCUUCUUCUCCAAUAAUGGAUCCCAGUUCUACAUGAAGGGUAUCGCCUACCAACAGGAUACAUCCAACUCCACCACAGGCGACAACUUCAUUGAUCCGUUGGCCAAUGUCGAGGCCUGCAGGCGUGAUUUCCCUUAUUUAGAGGAGUUACACACAAACGUCAUCCGUGUCUACGCCAUCGACGUAGACGCUGAUCACGACGAGUGUAUGCAAUUGCUUGAAGAAGCAGGUAUCUACGUUAUUGCUGACCUUUCUGAACCAGGUGAUUCCAUCAUCACCACUGAUCCGGCCUGGGAUGUUCACUUGUAUGACCGUUACACCUCAGUUAUUGACGAACUGCAACAGUACGACAACGUUCUAGGUUUUUUCGCCGGUAACGAAGUUAUCACAAACAGAUCAAACACCGAUGCUGCUCCAUUCGUCAAAGCUGCAAUCCGUGAUAUGAAGGCUUACAUGGAAGACCAAGGCUACAGACAAAUUCCAAUUGGUUAUUCUGCCAAUGAUGACGCGCUGACAAGAAUUUCUUCCGCUAACUACUUUGCUUGUGGUGACUCGGACGUUAGGGCCGACUUCUACGGUUACAACAUCUACUCCUGGUGUGGUAGAUCUUCUUUCACAACUUCCGGAUACGACGAUAGAACCGAAGACUUCAGAAACCUUUCAGUUCCUCUCUUCUUCUCCGAGUAUGGUUGUAACGAAGUUCAACCACGUCUGUUUACUGAAGUUCAAGCCCUUUACGGUGAAAACAUGACUGAUGUCUGGUCCGGAGGUAUUGUUUACAUGUAUUUCGAAGAGGAAAACAAUUACGGUUUGGUUACUAUUGAACCCGAUGGAGAUGUUUCAACCUAUUCGGACUUUAACUACCUUAGAUCGGAAUUGGCCACUAUUUCUCCAUCGCUCGCUACUCAAUCUGAAGUUUCUGCCACCGCCACCGAAUUGGAAUGUCCACCAACCGGAAACAACUGGAGAGCAUCUACCGAUCUUCCUCCAACUCCAAACAAGGAGGUAUGUGAGUGUUUGCAAAAUACACUUGCAUGUGUUGUUGCUGACGACGUUGAACCUGAAGACUACGCAGACAUUUUUAACUACGUUUGUUCGCGUAUUGAGUGUGGAGACAUUGGCACCGAUGCAGAGAUUGGUGAGUACGGUCCUUACUCUUUCUGUGAUGCCAAGGAGAAACUUUCUUUCGUUUUGAACUUAUAUUACGAGGACCAGAAUGGUGCCUCUUCUGCUUGUGACUUUGACGGCUCUGCCUCGAUCGUAAGUACCACUGCCGUUUCCUCUUGUGUCUCCAUUUUGCAGUCUGCCUCCACCGUUGGUACCGCGCCAAGCUCCAGUAGAACUGCCACUGGUUCAGGCAGCUCAGGCACCGGAUCUGGAUCUGGAUCAUCUGCCGACGCCACUUCCACUGAAUCCGAUGAUGCUGCAUUUAUUCACAAGCCAAAGUCUGGAUCAGAAUUAUUAAUGGCCGCAUUCUUUGUAACAUUUGUGACCUCAGGAUUCACUUACACUCUUUUAUAG